CCCAAAGAAGGAACAACCUUUAGCUGCUGGAGCUAGCUGGCUAACAACCAAGAUGGGGUCCCUCGGCGGCUGUCGCAUUUUUAUUGGGAUUUUCUCGCGUGUUAAUCGAUAGACUUAACAUCCAGAUUCGCUUAAGUAUACGGCUUUUGGAAUACCGGGUCGGAAAGAGUUCGUUUGUGUGGAGUUCAACGGAGCGGCUAGCGGAGUUAGCUCACCAACCUAGCUAGCUCUCUCGGCUUCGGUGCUCCCGGGGUCUCUUACAUAAAAACAACAGACGAUCAGCUGCGGGUUCCCGGAGCAAAAGCGACCAUGUGGGCUCUUGAGUGAGCCACAUCUCAUUUAACCGUGAGCUGUUGACUAUUUUUCACCCUGAACUUGGCAUCUGAUGAGUUUAUAUACUAAUUUAACAAGGAGUUAGCACGAAAUGCAAGUUAAGCUUCUUACUUGCUAAGCUCGAAAGAUUCCACCGAGUAGCGCACGACUCAACAACAUGCCGUAGUGUCUUUUUCUUAUGAUUUCAGAGUAAGUUUGUGUUUUUACGCGAUUGUCAGACUAUUUCCUGGCUGUAAAAAUGGGGAGGGAGGACUCUUGACCAGCCGUGUGUAGAGUUAGUAAACAACGCCGACUUUCAACCUUAGGGAAGAUAAGAGUCGGUGUUUGCAAGGAAAUAACAUCACAUGCAACUUUAUUGCCGGAUAGAUCGCCGUUGACUGUUUGUGUGACACAUCGCGGACUAGCAAUGUUACACAAACGUCCUGUUUUGUCGGGUUUGGAUCCGUGUAGGUCCUAACCUACUUCCAAUGGCCAUCACUGCGCGGCGAUCAGAGGUCUGGUUUGACAUUAAGACUUUCAAAUAUAGUUAGCAAUACUUUAGAGAUAUGAUUUCUGACUGUGGGGAGAUUUGUCUGCUUUCGCCAGACUGUUGAACUCUUUAGUCAUCACAAGUGUUGGGUUUUCCUGCCGGGACAAGAAGAUGGAGACGGGUGUGAGGUCCCACCAGGGCGAGCUGUUCGUCCACCCGCUCUCCAACCCCGGAGCUGCGGGCAUCUGCCCCGAAAUGUUGGAGGUGGCGGAGGAAGCCAACCGGGCCGGAGACUUCAACUUGGCCGUGGAGAUCUACAGUUCUCAACUCUCAGAUCUACAACAACCGGACCGGGGUUUGUGUCUACGAAAGGCCGACUCUCUCGCCCGCGCCGGACGCAUAUCCGAGGCGCUGGAUUCGUACUGCACAGCGGCCAGCAUCGGCAAACUGCGGCCGGAGGAGCUUCCCCUCCUGGUGGAAAACAUCGCCCGGACUCUGCGUGAGAAAGAGCUGGGCAUCCCUGUGACUGUAAACGGCAAAAGCAGCAGCAACGGGGAAGAUGGGAUUCAAAUAAAUGGGGAGUGUGAGGAGGAUGAAGCCCUGGACUUGUUUUCAUGUCGCCUCUGCAAGUGUCUGAUCUAUGAGCCCACAACAGUGGAGUGUGGACACACUUUCUGCAAACGCUGCUUAGAGGACGACUCUGUCAAAGAUUGUAUACACUGCAAACAAAAGCUGAGCAAAAAAGAGAAACUGCCCCAAGGCCUAAGACUAAAUGUUGUUCUCAGCGGCCUGUUGGAUAAACUGUUUGCAACUGAGAGCAGAGCCAGGAAAUACUGGAUCGAAGGAGAGGAUCUGUGGAGGAAACAAAACCUGUCGGAUGCCUUGGAGAAGUACAAUGCAGCCGUGGAUUUAGUGCCCUCUUCAGGCAGACUUCUGCAUCAGCGGGCUGAGUUGCACAUGGAGAUGAGGAGUUUCAGCCAGGCUGUGCAGGAUGCCAGCAGCCUCUGUAAACUAAAACCUCUGUGGACAAAGGCUCACUGUCUGAAAGCUACGGCACUGAGUAAAGUAGGCCGGAACGACGAGGCCUUGCAGGAGUACUUCCUAUGUGUGGCGUUAAAGCCCGACUGGACCAAAGUGAAACUGGAGGCUCAGAAGGUCCUUAGCGAGCUCUUCUCCUCCGUCUUUGAGAAUGAGGACCUGCCAACACCGCUGCACCCUCUGCAGGGAGGGUUGGCCACCCGUCUCAUCAAACCGCCUGCCUUGCUCAGGUCCCUGAGGCCGCUCACACAGAAACCAGGCUCCUCCUCACAGGACUCAGAGUUCAGUGUGACUAAAAGUGCUCCAGUGGACGACUCAUCCUCGAUACUACCUAUCAUAUCUCCUGGUAAAUCGGAACCCGGUUCAGGGGAGGGCAGCACCAAGAGCCUGGCCGAUGUUUUAGCUGCACUGCCAGCACCCCCCGGUGGCCUUAAGAGGAAACACAGCAGCGAUGGAGCUUCAGAAGUCUUCAACCCUCCUUCCAAACUUCUCAAACCUGAUGAGGCGAGCACCUUUAAGACGGCUGCAGUAUGGGGAGGAAGGAUGGUUCCUGCUGAGCUGUUGGACAGCGGAGACAUGGAGUGUUCACUCUGCAUGAGAUUGUUCUAUGAGCCCGUGGCCACGCCCUGCGGACACACCUUCUGCCUCAAAUGCCUGGAGCGCUGCCUGGACCACAACCCCAACUGCCCUCUGUGCAAAGAGAAUCUUUCUGAGUAUCUAGCCACCAGAGGUUACAACAAAACCCUGCUGAUGGAGGAAGUCCUGCAGCGUUACCUAGGAGACGAGCUGGCAGAGAGGAAGAAAAUCCAUGAAGAGGAGAUGAAGGAGCUGUCCAACUUGAACCAGGAAGUGCCCAUCUUUGUGUGCACCAUGGCCUUCCCCACCAUCCCCUGCCCGCUGCACGUAUUCGAGCCACGCUACCGUCUCAUGAUUCGCCGCUCGAUGGAAACCGGUACCAAGCAGUUCGGCAUGUGCAUAGCUGAUGAGCUCAAAGGGUUUGCAGACUAUGGCUGCAUGCUGCAGGUGCGAGAUGUGAAGUUCUUUCCCGACGGUCGUUCGGUGGUCGACACUAUCGGUGUGUCUCGGUUCAAAGUUCUCAGUCAUGGCCAGAGAGAUGGCUACAACACCGCUAAGAUAGAGUACCUGGAAGACAAGAAGGUGGAAGGGGAGGAGCUGGUGGAGCUUCAGAAGCUGCAUGACUCUGUGUAUGAGCAGGCCAACAGCUGGUUCACCUCCCUGAAAGACAACAUGAAGAGUCAGAUACUCAGCCACUUUGGGAAUCUUCCCAGCAAAGACCCGGACCCACAGGCCAGUCCCAGUGGUCCAGCCUGGUGCUGGUGGCUGCUCGCUGUCCUUCCACUGGAGAAUCGAGCCCAGCUCACCAUCCUGGCCAUGACCUCCCUCAAGGACCGCCUCAUUGCCAUCCGAAGGGUCCUCAUCUUCGUCACUCGCAAGAGGCCACGGUGAUAAACCUUCUGCUCGGGAGAACCGCUCUGGCGUCUAUGCACUUCAGAAAUUAGUUCAUUCAUUUGUUCAAUCAUUCAUUUUGUCAGCUGGUCACUCUUUGACGGGUUCAUUCAUUAAUUUAUACAUGUGUUUGCUCGUUCCUUCAUUCAUCUCCUACAUCAGUUCGCUCUCAGAUGCUCAUGAACUCCUUCCUGCAUCAUGCAGCCUUUCUCGAGCACAUGUCAGUUCUGUUGGGAGCGUCAGGUGGGUCGGGAUGGAGGCAUGAGGGGCAUUCCUCUCCUCUGAGUGUUCAUCCAGAACCCCACCCCCUCCACCCCCUCCACCAGCACCAUCAUCACUGAAUGAAUAAUCUCUGAAUGAAUUGAAUCUAAUCUCUGAAAGAGUGACCGCUCACCUCGUGCUCCCAGUCGAAUUUGAAGUAAAACCAGUCAUGCCGAGCUGGGACGCUUUCGUUA